AUAGCCGCCUUUGAGGUUGUGACGUAAUAUUAGUGCGCCACAAACAAAACUCUUUUGCAUACGUCGAUGCGCUGAAUCAAAGUGACGGCACUAAGAAGCACGUGUUGUCAGUGGAAUAUGUGAACUGCUUUGCCAACCUUGAAAGUUUUGUAUCGAGCAGAAAAAGCUAAUCAAAUGGCUGCGCUUUAUUCUGGGAUUCACCUCAAACUGAAAAAUUCAAAGGUUCCCUGGGAGGACAAAUUAAAACUAGCCCAUUUUGCUUGGAUUUCUCAGCAGUACUUCAUUCCAAACAAAGAACAGGUUUUACUUGAUUGGGUUUGUCACACUCUGAUUGCUAACUGCACCAAAAAACUGGAUCUGAAGGAUGAUACAGAACAGAAGCUAUGGAGCUUCCUAGACAAUAUUCUACAUAGCAAGAAGCUGCAAAAUUUGUUGAAGAAGGGCAAAUCUUUAAACCUUCGCUUCACUAUAGCUCAGGUUAUAAAUGAUUUUAUUGAAUCCUCUUGCACUCCGAAAGAACCACAGACUGGCAUUGUCACUGUCCUUAGCUGCUGUCAUGCAAUUCUCUCAACUCCAGCUCUUGCCUUUGUAUACACUGCUAAGUGUGAGCUCAUCGUGGAACUGCUAAGUAAGCUGUCUGUAUUGGCUUGUCGUUGUUUGACUUUAAAAGAUCCUAUCACACAUCAAGUGCUCGAAGUGCUUCUGGUAUCUUUAAACCAAUACAUUAUGAUACAGAGGCAGCAGAACAACCCAAACAGAAUAUUUUGCCAAGUUGUGGCACAACUUUUCCAACCCUUAUUGAUAUUAAGGCACACCUUAAGUAAUCAUUCUUGGGAUAGAGAUAAGGACAGUGGUUUAAGCAUCCUGUGCAGUAAGGAAAUCCGUUGCAAAGCAGAAGCUGUUCUGCAAAUGGGCCUUUUUCAGGCUGAGCUCAUUUCUUCUUACAAAGAGGAGUUACUCACUGAGAAAGACUGUUUGGAGAAGAAAAAAGUGCCCCUCAAAAUUCUUUUAACACCUGUUUGCUCUCUGCUGUCAAAGUUAGAGGAUUCUCAUUUUUGUGAACAAGAAACAUAUCACUCUGUUGUAUCGAGUUCAAUACCUCUCCUUUAUAAACUGUUUCUAAAUUCCUACUGCAGAGAUGGAAAUCAACUGGUCUGCUUUAACAUGCUGGUCAGGCUUUAUGAGUGCCUUCAGACAACAGUCAUUCAAGAACAAAAUGAUCAACAUGUGCCAAACUUGAACAUAGGUCUAUAUGCUCUUGAUCAGAUUUUAAGCCAGGUCAUCAGUAAUGAUAUAUACAAUACUGCUGUGGAUCGAAUAAGGCACCAAGAAGUUCAAUUUAAUUUCUACAGCAAAUUAGCAAAAAAGCUUAUAUUCAGCUAUCGGGCUUCUGUACCUGCUUGGUUCCGUUGUCUAAAGGAUUUACUCUUGUUAAAUCACCUAAUUGUAGAACCUGAUAUGGAAGAACUUGUUUCAUAUGCCUGGGUUUAUGCAGACAUUUCAGACAUGCGGAUAAGAAAGGCACAGGAAAUAUUAAUUGCUAGUUUGCUUGAGACUUAUGCAAAGCUCCGCCAGUUCCCAAAACUAUUUAAAGUUGUUCUACUAGCAAUAUGUCGCCCAGCAACUGGUGAACAGAAACAUCUAGUUUUGUCUCCUGCUCUAACACAGCAUUUUGUAGCUUCUCUUAUUGAACUUCCACCAAAUCAGAUCUUGGAUAUAUGGACAAUGAUUCUGGAAAGAUGCUCUUCUGAUGUUCUUCCACUCAUUAAAAAUGAACCUGAUACAUCACUUAAAUUGAUAACUCUUAGUGCUAUUUUGCAUUGUUUGCUAUUUAACAUGAAGAGUAUUGACAAUAAUACUCCACUGCCUGUUAUAGUACGCCUUCAAGAUUUAAUGCGGAAAAUGAUGGAUGAACUAAUACAACCCUCACUCGAUCUUAUUAAUGAUCAUGUCAUAGAAACAUCCCCAGCACUAUGGCUUCUGACACUUUGUGAUUCAACUCUGCUGUUAAUAUACACUUGGCUAGAAGUAAAUACUAUGAUAGUAUUGAACUGCAGUAAGUAUACAUCCCAGCUGCUUAAAGGACCUGUUGAAACACAACUCAUUUUGGAACAGUGGGACUUUUCAGCACUUUUAGGAAAUAAAAGCUGUUGGGAAAAAAUACUGACACUGACUAUGGCAUCAAAUGCAGCAAGCAAGUACUAUUUAGGACUACUUUCUGUGCAGAAAUUAAAACACAUUUUAAUGCAAAUCCGUUUUCCAAGUGAGACUGUUAUUAGUUCACUUAAAACAAUUGCAUCUUUUGUUUUUAAUCUCAGAGUUGACCUUGUGAUACCUGAGAAGUCUGAAUGCUGGGGGGGCAGUGCAAUCACAGUUAACAAGGAUUCUUUCCUAGUGGCCUACUGGCACCUAAUUGCAUCAAACCUUUUAAUUCUACAUCCAUACAUUUCAGCUGAAGAAACCAAAACUGUAGCAGAUUUUCUUCUUGAAACACUGUUAUUGGCAAAAAGUGAAGAAGACCCAGAAGAGCUUGAACAAGUAAUUACUUUCAAAAAUAUAUCUGUUAGCUUGCUACAGAGUGAUGUCUUUGCAGAGAUGCGGGCCUUGCAAUGUGCUUUUAUCACCAGCAUCAUAAAAAAAUGUGCAGCUAUAAUGCAGGAUGAGAAUAACAAUAUAAGUGAGAUAUUUACUCUUCUUUCUUCAGACACUUUACAUUGGCAUGAGGAAGUUUUUUCUUCUAACAGAAAAGUAUCAAAAGAGAGUGAAAAUACUACUCCUGAUAAUGCUUCCCUUUGUUGUAUAAACAUGGAAAAUGCUGCUAAAAAGAUAUUGUCUAUGACAAGCAGUAAAAAUGGUAUUGGCUUAAGUGCCUCUCAUACCACUCAGCUUGUGGAUGUGAUUAGUUUUCUAACUGAGAUCAAACCUGACAGUCUCACACCAUUAGAUCAAAGCCGAUGCUUUCUCUUGCUGCUUUCUUCAGCCAGAGCAGACAGUUCUCCCAGGACCCUUCAUCAUCUAACACUCUGUUAUAAAAUCCUGUCAUGUCUACUUGAUGGAAAACAUUCCACUGCUGUGUUCAAACUUCUAUAUGCUAGUGACAUUCUUGAAAUUGUUUUUAAUUCACUUUUAAAAGCUAAUUGGAAUCAUUAUGAAGAAGUUGGGAGAAAUCAGGGUUGGUUGGAAUUUGUUGAGAUUCUGCAUUCUUUUUUCGAAUCCUUUUUAAAACUGAUUGUAGAGAGAAAGCAGAGUGUUCUUAUUAAUCUGGAAAAAUGUACAGCCUUCUUGCUGACUUCUGUACCUUCUUCAGCUGACAUAUGCUGGACCUCUACAGUGCGUCACUUGUUUUUAGUGGCUGUCAAUACUUUGUGCAAGGUUAUAACAUCUUUGCUCCUCGAGCAACGUGCCAACAAACAGCGGGCUGAAGUAUUUGCUUCUCUCUUGCAACACGUUGUUUUAAAAAUGGGUACAGCAGUCAAUCAAAGCUUAAAGAUCAGUGUCACUACUCGUCUGCUGCCAUCUUUCCUUGUAUCAUGCAUGACCAGUCUUCUGGAAGCUGAAUUAAGCUGUUUGUCGCUUAUGGACACAAGUAACAUGAAACUGGAAAACUAUAAGAACAAAAAAGAGCUUCUAAACAUUGAACUGUAUAAAAGGUUUUCCUCCCAAAUCAUGAAGGAACUUUGCUACGCUGAUAAUCAGAAUGUAUUUCUGAAAUCUUCUUUGCAUUAUUUGGCAAAAUGCAUUACAGCAAAGGAAAUCUGUAUUUCUCAGGAAAGUGCUGUCCUCACAAUGUUUAGUUCUGUUAAGAAGCUACUGACUGCUCCAUGGAUUAAUGUUCAGAUCACUGAGAGCAUACAUGAAGAAGUAAGUGAACUUUUUAAUCAGAUGGAACAAAACUGCAGCAAUGAGGAAUUCUAUACAAUGCUAAAGCUGGCCCUCCAAUGGCUGGAAGUCCGAAACUUGUGGGAAAAAAAUGAUAAGGAUCCUUUUGCAGGUAUCACAGUUAUCAAGUUGCUUCUAGCUUGCUACUUGAAUGAAGACAACAGAAAACUGUUCUGGUUUUCAGCACCCCAAGUCAUUACAUCAUUAGUGACUCUAAGCAAAGAAGCUUGCAGAAACCGCUUAAUGCUCCACACUAUUGUUGUACCUGCACUGGAGGUGAUUGCUCUAUUAUUAAGGCAGGGAGAAGUGUUCCUAACAAAUCCUCACCAUAUCACACUCUCCUUCGACAUUCUUUUAGCAGUGCCUCUUGAUCAUUUGAAGGCAGAGGAUUACUACAGCAUAUUUUUGGGAGUUCAUGAAGUUUUGUUCUCUAUACUGCAGUGUCAUUCUAAGGCUAUGUUAAAAUCGGUACCAUCAUUCCUGAACAGCUUUCACAAAUUAGUUGCAUCUGUAAUGCAUGAAGGAAGGCAGAAAGGAGACAAAGUUUCUCAAAUUUCGUCACCUGAAUUUGAAGUUGUGCUGAAGUGUGCACGAUUAGUGGAACGUAUGUAUACCCACAUUGCAGCAAAGACCGAGGAAUUUACUGUAUUUUCGGCUUUCAUUGUUUCCCAAUACAUAAAUGAACUUCAGAAGGUGACCCUGAAUUCUGUGGUAAAAAAACACUUAACUGAAGGAAUUUUCCAUAUUCUGGACCUGUGUAUUGAACGAGAUAUCAAAUUCUUAAAUGCAUCUUUACCUAUGGGAGUAAAAGAAGUGUUCAAAGAGUUGUACAAUGAGUUUACUCACUACUAUAAAACAAAGAACCAAGCAGAUGAAAAAUAUAAAGCCUGAAAAGGGGAAUUUAUAUUAAUGUAUAACACCUGAAUAAAUAAUUGUGAAUAUGACUUGUACUUUUAUAUUUGUACUUCACUUUUAUAUUUGUAUUCGUAUCCUUACAUGUUAAUACCCAGCGUGUUAUUGGUUUCUGUUCAGCCAGCUGAGAAGUUUAAAAUGAUCGCACCGCAUACCUUCUCCCUGAAAGAAUUUGUUUGCAAAAUUAAAUAACCAAUAUAAACAAAUGGACGAUAUUAAACAUAUUUGAAACUG